AUGGAAAAGACCAAAAAUAACUCAAUGGAGUCCAAGGUGACAGAAUUCAUCCUCUUGGGAUUAUCUCACCCACCAAAUCUGAGGACCUUCCUCUGCCUGGUCUUCUUAGUUAUUUACAUCUUGACACAACUGGGGAAUAUGCUUAUCUUGCUCACGGUCUGGGCUGACCCACAACUCCAUGCUCGCCCCAUGUACAUACUUCUGGGUGUCCUCUCCUUCCUAGACAUGUGGCUUUCUUCAGUCAUUGUUCCACGGAUCAUCCUGAACUUCACUCAUGCCAGUAAGGCUAUGUCAUUUGCAGGGUGUGUGGCCCAGCUCUAUUCUUUUCACUUCCUAGGAAGCACUCAAUGCUUCCUCUACACCUUGAUGGCAUAUGACAGAUACCUGGCAAUAUGCAGACCUCUACAUUACCCUGUGCUAAUGAAUGGACGUCUAUGCACGAUGCUUGUGGCUGGAGCAUGGGUGGCUGGCUCUAUCCAUGGUUCUAUCCAGGCUACCUUGACUUUCCGACUGCCUUACUGUGGACCCAAUCAGGUAGAUUACUUUUUCUGUGACAUCCCUGCAGUGCUGAGGCUGGCCUGUGCUGACACCACUAUCAAUGAGCUGGUGACCUUUGUAGACAUUGGGGUGGUGGCUGCCAGCUGCUUCCUGCUGAUCCUGCUCUCCUAUGCAAACAUUGUCUAUGCCAUCCUACAGAUCCGUACAGCAGAUGGGAGGCGAAAAGCCUUUUCCACCUGUGGCUCACACCUGACUGUGGUUACUGUAUAUUAUGUCCCCUGCAUUUUCAUCUACCUCCGGCCUGGCUCCAAGAGCCCCCUGGAUGGAGCAGUGGCAGUAUUUUACACAGUUGUCACUCCAUUGUUAAACCCCCUAAUUUACACACUGAGGAACAAAGAAGUAAAGUCAGCACUGAGAAAGCUAGUCUGUCUAAGCAAGGAUUCUAGUGACACCAGGCCAGCUCCAUCUCAGCUGACUUCACCAGAGAGAGUUCCAAAGGGCCUCUCUCCAGAGCCUCCAGAGGGACAGAGUCCCCUCAGAGGAGCUCCAGCAAGAUCUCCUUAGAGAUUGUCCUCCAAGAGCUUCCCUUCUCCAGAGCCUCUCUCAAGAGAUUCUUCCCAAGCAAUCCUCAUCAGAGAUCCUCCAAAAGGAUUUUUUUUCCUCAAGAGAUUCUGCUUCUUAUAUAGGAGGUUUUUCUCCUAUGUCACCUCCCCUAAGUCCUUACAUCUACCAAUCACUGUAGACGUUUUCCAAAGGACUUCCCAUCUGAAUUCUUGCUAAGUCGACAAAUCUCCUCAGUAAGUCUGAACCAGUGAAA